AUGGAGCGCUCAGCUUCGGGGCCCAAAUCCCUCUUUCCUAAAGGGCCCAGCUUUACCUUGGACAACUUCUCCAACAAGGAUUUCAUCGUGCGCGACUUUGUCGACAGUCUCGCGGAAAGCGCCGUGCCCAUCAAUCGCCGGUCAGGUCCCGCCCAAGCUGCCUUCGACCCCAAACCUCUUAUCCGGGCGUUUGAGAGUGCACUCUCCCAACUCGGCCAACUGGGCGAGGAGCUGCAGGAGAAGGAGACAGAUCUCCUGACACAAGUACGGCGUGCCGAAAUUCAACAUGAUCAAACCCUUGAGGCUCUCGGAAAUAAGCUUGACCAAUCCAUGAGCUCGUUUGAAGCCCUCGACGGGUCUCUGAACGCGGGAACCAUCAACGAGUUCGAGCCAGGGAACAAGACGGACGGUGGUGGCAACGUUGCCGUCCAGAUUGGCGAGAAGCUCGAGGACCUAGACCGGAAAAGGCGGCGGGCGCAGGACACGAUAUUCCUUAUACAAUGCUGGAACGAGGUCAGCGAGUCGGGCCAGCUCACGUCGCUGCAGGAUAUCCAGCGUCAGGGUGGCUCGGAGAACAAGAUCCGAUGCGCCAUCAUUGCGCGGCAGCUGAUGAGGAUCAGCCAGCGGCUAGACACCACCGCCUGGGGCAAUGUCAAUGGAGGGCGGAAUGCAAAGGCGCUCAGCAUCAAUGGUGCCGCCAACCCGCCCAAGGCGAAUACGCGCGAGGCGAUUGAAAAGUUCUCGGAAACUCUGGAGCAGGACCUCCUGCAGCAGUUCAACAACAGCUACAGGCGCCAGAACUUUGAUGACAUGAUGGAGUGCGCCAAGGUCCUGUACGACUUCAACGGCGGUUCCAGCGUCAUUGCCAUCUUUGUCAACCAGCACCAGUUCUUCAUUGACCGCGACCAACUCAUCGGCGACGAUGUGGCUGCUGACGGCGAAACGUGGGACCAACUGGCCGAUCCCGAUGCCGAGCCCCCGGGCAUUGACCCGGCCCUGCAGUCGCUAGUUGACGAGGUCAAGAUUGUCAUGCAGGAGGAGUCGUUCAUCAUCAAACGGGCCUUCCCAUACUACGAGACAGUCCUGAUCAAAUUCAUCCAGCGUGUCUUCCAGCAAUCUAUACAGCAGCGAUUGGAGAAGGUCCUGGACAAGGCCGACACCAUCUCCUCGCUCGCCUUUCUCAGGUCUCUACACUCGUCGAGGGCCUAUAUCAGCUCCCUCAUCGAGGACCUGAAGACGCACGGCCUGACCGAGCACCCGGAGCCCUGCUCGGCCCAGAUUGCCCAGACGCUGGACCAGCAGGUCGAGGAGCUCUUCAUCCCCUACCUGGUGGGCAACUCAUAUAUUGAACGCGAAAGAAGAAGCCUCGAGGAGACGUACAACUCGCUCCUCUUCAAGUUCACCAUGUAUCACUCGCGUAAGAAGAGGGGCCCGACAGGUUUCAUGGCGUCGCUGGCGCAGCAGGGGACGCAGAUCAUGUCCACCGCAAAGGACGCCUACAUCGAGAGAUUAGAGUCAUCAGAUCUCACGCCCACGCAAAAAGCCAUGAUGCUGCGGGUUGCGGGUCUGAAGGACGAGGACAAGAAGAAUGAGAUUGAGCUAAGUGAAGAGGACGGCAUGCUGAGCAUAGCCAACGCAAAGCGCAUGCUCAAGUGGCUCGCCGAAAGUGUGCAGCGCACCCUCGAGCUGGGGUCCCAGACGGACACGCCCAAGGACGUCAACAUCCUGCUCAACCUCCUCCUCACCAGCAUGGGCCAGGUCUACGUCGAGACAGCCCUCGACGCCGCCUGCUACCAGGCCACGUCGCUCGAGCACUGCAAGACAGAGCCGGACCUGUCAUACCUCCCCGCGCUGCGGCCCGGCAUAUCGAUCACGGCCAUCAUGGACCGCUUCAUCUCGACGGUGCUCAUCCGGCUGGCCGAGCCCAACACAACCGUGCGGCGGAGCAUGGAGGCGCAGAAGAAGGUGACGGUCGACACCAUCGAGAGGAAGGUCAACAACGUGAUGCGCGUCUCUAUCGACGUCAUCGCCAACUGGGUGUCCAAGCUGCUCUCGUCACAGAAGAAGCAGGACUUCCGCCCCAAGGAUGGCGAGCUCGAGUCGCUCCAGACACCGACCUGUCUGAGCAUCUGCACUUUCCUAGCCCGCGCGAGCCGGCAGGCGUCGCAGGCCAUCGACGGGCAAAACGCCGACAAGUUCUUCAGCGAGCUGGCCCUGGCGAUACUACGCCUGCUUCUUGAGCACCUCAAGAAGUUCCAGGUCAACGCCACGGGUGGUCUCAUGGUGGCCCAAGACACGGCCAAGUACCUGAGCACCAUGCGAGAGUGGCCCCUCAUCAGGGAGGUGGGCACGUCGGUGGAGCUGCUGACGGAGAUUGGAUCCCUCUUUAUCGUGGGCCCCGAGGCAUUGCGCGAGAAGACACGUGCUCUGGCGCCGGGUCCGACGGCGACGAGGGGUCACCUCAGCAAGGCCGACUUCAAGGCGUUCGUCCAGCGGAGAGACGACUCGGGAACGGCAGGUAUCCAGAGUGUCCUGUCCGGGCUGUGA